AGGCGCCUCAGCCGAGCGCCGAGCGGUCGAUCGCCCUCGCUCCCGCAGCCUGCUCUCCGCUCGCCGGCGGCUCCACCCGCCAUUGUCGCAGAGGCCAAUAAUCCGAUAUGGAGCAUGCCUUUACCCCGUUGGAACCCCUGCUUCCCACUGGGAAUUUGAAGUACUGCCUUGUGAUUCUGAAUCAGCCUUUGGAUAAAUAUUUUCGUCAUCUUUGGAGCAAAGCUCUUUUAAGAGCCUGUGCUGAUGGAGGUGCCAACCGCUUGUAUGAUAUCACCGAAGGAAAGAGAGAAAGCUUUUUGCCUGAAUUCAUCAGUGGUGACUUUGAUUCCAUUAGGCCUGACGUUAGAGAAUACUACGCCAUUAAGGGAUGUGAGCUUAUUUCAACUCCUGAUCAAGUCCGUACUGACUUUACCAAGUGCCUUGAAGUGCUCCAAAAAAAGAUAGAAGAAAAAGACCUACAGGUGGAUGUGAUUGUGACCCUGGGAGGACUUGCUGGGCGUUUUGACCAGAUCAUGGCAUCUGUAAGCACCCUGUUUCAAGCAACUCGCAUCACUCCUUUGCCAAUUAUAAUAAUCCAAGAGGAAUCUCUCAUCUACCUGCUCCAGCCAGGAAGGCACAAAUUGCACGUAGAUACUGGAAUGGAAGGUGAUUGGUGUGGCCUUAUUCCUGUUGGACAGCCAUGCAGUCAGGUUACGACAACAGGCCUCAAGUGGAACCUCACAAAUCAUAUGCUUAGUUUUGGAACACUAGUCAGUACUUCCAAUACCUACGAUGGAUCUGGUGUUGUGACCGUGGAAACAGACCACCCCCUCCUCUGGACCAUGGCCAUCAAAAACUAACGCACCCACCAACGUCCACAGCCGUGCCUCAGACUUACCUCAUUUGCAAGACUUAUUGCUCAACGAGAACAGUUCACUGUGGUUUGCAGGAAUCCAAAUCUCUCCAUGGGAAGCCUGCUAGUUUUAAAGAUGUUACCGUUUAAAUAAUUAAGGUGACAUUAUAAAUGACAGAUCUCUGUUUUAUAGUGGGGGGGGACUCAUUAUUUGUUAAUAAAACAAAUAAGCUCUGUUACAUUCAGUUGGAAAACUAAUGUGGAUCAUUCCACCAUAAAAUUCAGUACUGAUUAUUCUUAUGUUAUUAAACAUUCCACUUAUCCUAGAAAAUUGCUUUUAAUUUUGAAGCUGAGACAGCUCUGUUGAGGGUCCUUGGUGUCCAGGAUAUAAACCUCCGUCUGCCCAUCCUUAAAUGCUUAACAUCAAGGGCUUCUUCUGAGUGUCUGUUAAUAUUAGAUUCCUUCAUAUAAUAGAGAAAGGAAAUUCUUCCACAUUGCGAUGUUAGAACUGCACCAUUUCAGUCUGGCCUUAGUACUGUCUUUGGUAUUAUCUUUUAGGAAUACAUCAAGAAUCACUGACCUAAUUAUUAAAUUGGAAAACAGGUAGUUAGGUAAGCUAUAGGUGAAAAGAGAAAUGACAUGAUGGAUAAAUGACAAUUCAUAAAGCUCUACUGACACAUUCACCCCAAACUCAGCUUCUGCAGUGAGUGUGCUGGGCUGUAGUGGAGUGACAGAUCAGAACUGCCCUCAUCAUAAUUACAACCUGGACUGUAAAUGUUGUGCAGAGGAAACUUAAGCAUGAAAUUGAACUGUUUCUGACAUACCUCAGACUGAAAAAAUAUUGGUUCAUAGACCACAAGUUUGCUCUGAUUAGCAGAAAAUGAGGUUGGCAAUCCACGUGCACAAGUGAACACCAUGUACUAAGGAGCCUGGGUCUAAAGCCUGCAUUCUUGUCCCAGUGCAGCCAUCCAUCCAAGUUCCCUGAACCCGUCUCCAUAGAAAAGGGAAGGGGCUGACAGAUGGUGCCUGAGGUUCCUCCCCACCCUCAGAGUCCAGACCCUGACGCUUGGAUGUUAUUAGGCAGAUAAUGCACAGUUACUAAACCACCUGGGGCAUUGAAAUGUAUUCAUGUUUAUUUUAUGAUCAGACCCUCUUCAUCCUCUUAUCCUUUUCUGUCCUGUUUACCAAACCGAAUGUUGCCAUACAAACCACGACAUAAGGAAGACCUGCCUAAUGUGGUUUCCGUACACACAGUCCCCAUGUUGCUGUAAGGAAAGGGACCAGCAGUAGCCCUUUCUGGUGCUACCACAGAGGGAGGGUCGGAUUGUAAGUGGAGAAUGAAAGCAGAUCAGCUGAACUGGCAUGCAAGUGUGAACAGUUAAUCAUUAGAGACAAUUUUAAUUAUUUAUGCAAAUAUAUGAGAUUGAAUCUGGAGGUCAAAUAAAAAUAUUUAGCUACCAAUGCCCAUGUCUGU